CGCGGAGUGUGCAAACUUAACUAUGCCACCGGGCCAGCUCCAGGACUGUCAGUAUCUUCAAAACAAGACAUUAUUGCCAUUUAAAUAGUUCGUGUAAAUUUUCAUACCUAUUUUGAAGACCUUGGGGUUUUCAGGACCUGUGUUUCUGGUUGAUGAAUCAUGAGAGAACCCCUUUUGCUCCAACUGCAAAAUAAGGGGAAUUUUACACAUAGUGGAAAUCACGAUAUAUGUGUGUUAGUUUGGGGGAACCUAUUUUUAAAAUUCUAUUUCCUGAUAAUCUUAGAGGGAAAGAUCAAAUCGUCUUUGUAGUUGCUGACAUUCUAGCACAGGUGAGUGUACUCAAGGGCCGGCUGAUGAUUGCUUUUGUUAUUAGAGGUCUGGGAUGGAAGAUGGAUUAGGAAAGUUGUAGAUAUGGGGGUCAUCGUAAUAAGUAGCCUUUUACUUACCAAUGGGCUUCUUUACAAAAUUACUUAAAGUCGCAAUUUUUAUUCCCAUUUGAAUGCAAUAAGAAACCUGACCCUUGAAUAAGUGCAAAGUAAAACAUUUAAUUCAUUGUGAAGUGUUAGGUCACUGGGUGGAAGGUUUCUUGACUGAUCGAUCAUCCUGGCUUCACAUUUUUGGUUGUACAUGAAAUACAUAUUUUGAUAUAUUUUUGAUUGUCUCAUGCCUGAAAUCUUCAGUUUACCGCAGUGGACUGUGGUGGUAUCCGUAUAACGAAGCUGUUGUGACCCCAUCCCCAAGGUGCAUGUCCUUUGCUGAUGGAAGAGCUUAUCUGCAGAUACCUGCAGGAGGAAACCACGGUUGACUUCUGCCAGGAUUGGAUUUACCCCGUACACACAGAAAAUUAAAGCCUUUUUUAGCAGCACGGUUCCAAUACGCUGGCAGGGCAAGGGUGGGUUCCUUCUCUUAGAAACACAGUUUAGUGGGAUGCACUCAUAAAUGAAAAAUGAUCUGAGUGCUGUGGGUGGGGCCCUCGAGCCCAGGAGGUGAAGCCGGGAGGAGGAGAGAGAGAGAGAAUCUGCUCUAGGCUCGGUGGAGCGUGAGGAGCUGGCAGGAAGUCGGAGCACGCACUGGCAUGGCUCACGUUUUUGUUGAUAGUUACUAACCAAGACUUUAAAGAACUGAAUGGAGAGGGGAAAUGAAGCACAACAAACUUUGGAGUCUGUCUUCUUCAGGCGGCUGUGAAGCGCAGUGGAAAACACUCACCUGAUCAGCUCCUGAAGCAGACCCUGCGCCUCCACCUCCUCCCAGCCUAGCUAACGUCUGCUGGACUCAGAUCCCUGGAGCUUCCUGAGGAAAAGCUUGCCUGUCAACAUCCACCCCCAAAGGCGGCCAGUCUCUCUUAGAAGCUUCUGAAUUACCUGGCUGAGCAGUGCUGGAAUGGCGGCUUUAUCUACCUGAUCAUGCUUCGUCGCUUUAAGCACAAAGUCCAUUCUCCUUAUAAUGGCAACAGUAGCAACAGCUCUGAACCAGGAGAAACACCUACCUUGGAGCUGGGUGACCAAACUGUGAAAAAGGGCAAAAGAGCAAGGAAGUUUGGGGUCAUUUCCAGACCUUCUACCCACAAGGCCACCGAAGAAUCCAAGAGUAGCACUGGCUGUGAGUUGGACAAUGACCCUAUCUCUGGCCUGGACAAUGGCCCGGAUCCCGAACUUGGAAAUGGUCAUGCCUUUGAGCUAGAAAAUGGUCCAGAUUCUCUCAAGGAGGUGGCUGGACCCCAUGUAGACCGGUCAGAAGUGGACACAGGGACAGAGCAUAGGAUUCCAAAGACAGAUGCUCCGCUGCCCACGAGCAAUGACAAACGCCGCUUCUCAAAAUCUGGGAAGACGGACUUCCAAUCAAGUGACUGCCUGGCACGGGAGGAAGUUGGCCGGAUAUGGAAGAUGGAGCUGCUUAAAGAAUCGGAUGGGCUGGGAAUUCAGGUUAGUGGAGGCCGAGGAUCAAAGCGCUCACCUCACGCUAUCGUUGUCACUCAAGUGAAGGAAGGAGGUGCCGCUCACAGGGAUGGCAGACUGUCCUUAGGAGAUGAGCUGCUGGUAAUCAAUGGUCACUUAUUGGUCGGGCUCUCCCACGAGGAAGCUGUGGCCAUUCUUCGCUCAGCCACUGGAAUGGUUCAGCUGGUGGUGGCCAGCAAGGAAAGCUCUGCAGAGGACCUGCUGAGGUUAACAUCUAAGAGUUUGCCUGAUCUGACCAGCUCUGUAGAGGACGUGUCCUCUUGGACCGACAACGAAGACCAGGAGCCAGACGGGGAAGAGGACGAAGGGACCAGCUCGUCUUCCAUCCAGGGAGCAAUGCCUGGGACAGAGGAGCCCCAAGAUGUGUGUGGCCCUGAGGAUUCCAAGGGGAACCUGGAAAGUCCCAAACAGGGCAGCAGUAAAAUGAAACUCAAGAGUCGUCUUUCAGGGGGUGUACACCGUCUAGAGUCUGUUGAAGAAUAUAACGAGCUGAUGGUGCGAAAUGGGGAUCCCCGGGCCAGGAUGUUGGAGGUCUCCCGAGAUGGCCGAAAGCACUCUCUUCCCCAGCUGCUGGACUCCUCAGGGGCAGCACAGGAAUACCACAUUGUAAAGAAGUCCACCCGCUCCCUGAGCGCUACUCAGGUGGAAUCUCCUUGGAGACUCAUUCGGCCAUCGGUCAUCUCUAUCAUUGGGCUGUACAAAGAAAAAGGCAAGGGCCUUGGCUUUAGCAUUGCUGGAGGUCGAGACUGCAUUCGAGGACAGAUGGGGAUUUUUGUCAAGACCAUUUUCCCAAAUGGAUCAGCUGCAGAGGACGGAAGACUUAAGGAAGGGGAUGAAAUCCUAGAUGUAAAUGGAAUACCAAUAAAGGGCUUGACGUUUCAAGAAGCCAUUCAUACCUUUAAGCAAAUCCGGAGUGGAUUAUUUGUCUUAACAGUACGCACAAAGUUACUGAGCCCAAGCCUCACGCCCUGCUCCACACCGACACACAUGAGCAGAUCCAGCUCCCCAAACUUCAAUGCCAGUGGAGGAACCUGUGCAGGAGGCUCUGAUGAAGGCAGUGCUUCAUCCCUGGGUCGGAAGGCCCCUGGGCCCAAGGACAGAAUUGUCAUGGAAGUAACACUCAACAAAGAGCCAAGAGUUGGAUUAGGCAUUGGUGCCUGCUGCCUGGCUCUAGAAAACAGCCCGCCGGGCAUCUACAUUCACAGUCUUGCCCCCGGAUCAGUGGCCAAGAUGGAGAGCAAUCUGAGCCGCGGAGAUCAAAUCCUGGAAGUGAAUUCAGUCAACGUUCGCCAUGCUGCUUUAAGCAAAGUCCAUGCCAUCCUGAGCAAAUGCCCCCCAGGACCCGUUCGCCUUGUCAUCGGCCGACAUCCUAAUCCAAAGGUUUCCGAGCAGGAAAUGGAUGAAGUGAUAGCACGCAGCACUUAUCAGGAGAGCAAAGAGGCCAAUUCCUCUCCUGGCUUAGGUACCCCCUUGAAGAGUCCCUCUCUAGCAAAAAAGGACUCCCUGAUUUCUGAAUCUGAACUCUCCCAGUACUUUGCCCAAGAUGUCCCAGGCCCCUUGUCAGACUUUGUGGUGGCCGGCUCCGAAGACGAGGAUCACCCGGGAAGCGUCUGCAGCACCUCCACUCACAAGGAACCAGGAAAAGCCAGGGCCAACAGCCUUGUGUCUCUAGGGAGUCAGCGAGUCUCUGGGCUCUUCCACAAGCAGGUGGCAGUUGCCAGACAAGCCAGUCUCCCUGGGAGCCCACAGGUCCUCCGAAACCCUCUCUUCCGCCAGAGGAGGGUGGGCUGUGAUGCCAACGAUGCCAGUGAUGAGGAAGAGUUGGACAGUGAAGGGGACUGCAUCUCCCUCCCAGGGACCCUCCCAGGUCCCAGCAGGCCUCUGACAGAGGGCGACUCUAGGCAUGUCUUGACGACCUCUUCCAAGGUCACGGCUAUCAACAAUCAGGAGGAACGUCCCCAGAAAACACUGGUCAGCAAAGCCUUCUCAGCACCUCUCCUUGGCAGCUCGAUGGACUUAGAGGAGAGUGUCUCAGGGGGAAUGGUGGACACUCCUUCCCAUGCAGCCAACCUGCUGGCCUCUGCAGAGGCCCCCAAGGGUGGCCCUGGCUGCUUGGGGAGGAAAGAACUGUCAGGAUCAAGGAGUUCACCCAAACUGGAAUACAAAGCCGGCACAGGGGCCCAGAGUCUGGUGAGCGCAGAGAGACCCAGUUCCCCCCAGCAGAAGAAUGACAACCUGGAGUCCAGGCACAAACCAGUGGCCAGGGUCAGCCCACACCGCAAGAGGCCAGAGGCUGAGGCCAGGCCAAGUGGCUCAGAGACAGUAAACCUGACCGACGGAGCCAGUGACCCAUGUGAUCAGGACUUGGAAGUCCAGGCCGCUUCUGUCAACGUGACCGUGCCUGGUUUGGGGCCAGGUGGAACUGCGGAGAGGGAAUCUCUGGGAAAACUGACCAUUGAGGAUGGCCGUGUCCCUACCAACUGGGGGCCAACCAGUGCUCUGCCCCACCCAGAUACUGGCCACCUCACAGAGAACCCGCCCGAAGCUGCACCAGAGUGGAGGCAACAACCCAGAAUGGGCCUGGACGGCUCCCCAGACCUCGUCCCUUCCCUAGAGCAGAAGGGGGCCGCUCCUCCUGACCCAAGCAAGGCCUGCGUGGACGCAGGGCAAGUCAGGCAGUGUGAGGACCCCAAAGAGCCAGUGUCACCCAGGGUCCCCAAGGCUGAGGACGUACCUCGAGUCAGACCUGCCUGUGAGCGCAGCACAUCCCCAGGGAAGAUGCCAACGGCUCGUCCUGACUUCAGCAAGACCCGAGCAGCCCCAGAAGCCAGCUCACCCGACACCAGCAGGAAGGUGGCUGCCUACACGGAAGGGGGACCUGAGACAGAGGGAGCAUCUUCAGCCAGUGCCAUCCUGUCACGAGACCUCCUCACGUCCCAGGAGGAGAGACAAGAGGUUCCAGGUAACCACAGCAAGGCCCUGCAAACGACAGGAACCCUCAGCCCAGAAAAUGCCCGGGAGUUUGCUCUGCUCAAGGGAACAGACUCUGUGUCUGAGGGGGCCCCGCAGGCCAGCCCUGCCCGGCCAUCACCCACUCACAAGGCCCAGGAGGGGUGUGACAAGGAGCUGGGACACAGCUGCCCCAGGGAGAAUGGAGGGAGCCCUGUGACUGACAUCGACAGACUCAUCAAGGAGUUGGAUGCUUCUGAAGCAAGACUUCAGUCUCCCCAGAAAGGGGACCAGCCGAGUCCAGAGGGCAGUUCUCAGGGUCAACCUGCAGCAGGAGCUGGAGGCGGAGGGUCCCGCCAGGCCGAGCCAGGCAUGGGGAACCAGACCCCCACCCUGAGGAGGGCCUGGGCUGCGGGGCAACCCCCUCACCCACAGUGGGCCUCCCAGCCUUCAGUUUUGGAUUCUAUUAAUCCUGACAAACAUUUUACUGUGAACAAAAACUUUCUGAGCAGCUACUCUAGAAAUUUUAGCAGUUUUCACGAAGACAGUCUGUCCCUGUCGGGCCUCGGCGACAGCACAGAGCCAUCUCUCUCGUCCAUGUAUGGCGAUGCUGAGGACUCAUCUUCUGACCCCGACUCGCUCAGUGAAGCCCCACGAGCGUCCACCAGGGACAACUGGUCACCUCCUCGUCCUCAUGGGUCUUCUCACAAGGAAGAUACUAUGGAGUCAGAGGAGGAGCAAAUUGAAAUUUGUUCCACAAAUGGGUCCCCCAAUCCACCCUCAACUGCGGCUCCUGUGCCCGCCCAGGCUGCACCCUGCCCCGCGGUCGCCAAAGUUCUGCCAUUACAGCACAGUGCUCUGAGCGAAGCCGUGGGACAUCCCCGUGAGAGAGCUUCCUUCGUGCCAGGAGCCGCAUGCCCUUCAAUCCCAAACUCUUCCCAGCCCUUGUCUCUCUUGGAUAGAAGCUCUCACGCAGACACAAGGAUCUCACAGAACCACAGGCCCUCGUGUGAAGAAGAAACUGUGGAAGCCCCCAGUGCUAGCUCAGCUGUGGAGAACAGGCAGCCUUCUAAAGUUGCCAGGCGUUUUCAUAACCCCCCAGUCACUCUCAGCCCUCCUAACAUGGUAAAUGGUUUGGGACAUGACUUGCUGAAUGACGAAACCCCAAAGAAAACACAAGAAACAAAUGGCAAUGCAACUGAAAAUGAGUCCUCCUCUAGUGUGGAUGUCCCUAAGGCUGGAGAGUCUGUUUUGGCAAACCUACACAUCUCCGAAAGUCAAGACCUGGAAGACUCGCUCCAGAAACCAAAACUGACCUCCAGGAGGCCCAUCAUGGCCUGGUUUAAAGAAAUAAAUAAAAAUAACCAAGGUACACAUUCGCAGAGCAAAGCUGAAAAGGAGCCAUCCAUGGUGCCAGCCAGAAGUCCUGACUCCAAAAGUCCGGUGUUGAGCUCAAGCCACAAAAAGGGGGUUGCUGUGCCUAACAGCCCUUCGCAGCUGAAACUGAAUCUUGAAAAUAAAGACUCACCUAAGAAAAGUUCGGUGGAAACCCUUCUAAAUAACUGUCAGAAACCCAAAUCUGGUCCUAAGCUGAAGAGACUGAGCAUCAAAAGCAAGAGCAAAGUCAGCGCCGAGGCCCCUGCUGCCAACACAGCUAAGGCUGCUGGGAUGGACCACAGGAAAUCCCUCAUUUCACCCCAGACCUCCCACAAAAUGCUUUCUAAGGUAGCGUCACACCAGUUCCACAUAGCUGAGCAGGAGGGACCUGACAAAAAUGCUGCAGCCAUGGCCACGUCUCCCCAGUGUGUGCUGGAGAGCAAGCCGCCCCUGGCUGCCUCGGGGUCACUGAAGCCCUCAGUGUCAGACACAAGCAUCAGAACAUUCAUUUCACCCCUGACCUCCCCCAGGACUCUUCCUGAGCAAGGUGCAUGCAGUAGGUUCCACACCACUUUCUACUCAGAACCCGACAGAGGUUGCCCAGCCGCCCCCAGAUCUCCGAAGUGUGGACCGGAAAGCAAGGCUCCCUCUGUGGCUUCGGGGGCAGGUCCCGCAGCAUCCCGGGGCAGCACAUCCACAGCAGUGAACAAGCGGGAGGUCCCACCUCCUGGGCAGAGUGAGCAGUGUGUGUCCAGCCAAAGAGAUUCAGCACCAGAAGCAGGCCAACCCCAGGUGACUAGUGACCAAGAAAGCAAAACAAUUGCUAGUGAGCCUUUAGAAAGAGCAAACCAAUUGAAAAUAGUUGAAAUUUCUUCUGAAAGAAUGCCAAAGAUUGCAUGUGGUGACAAGCCCAGUGAAAGUGACAGACAGGGAGGGUUCUUGGCCCAGAGCAACUGUCAGGAGAAGAGUGAAAUUAGACUCUGUCACCAGUCAGUGGAAUCGUCCCCAAAUCGUCCCUCAUCACUCACGCCUCGGGCCUCCCAGGUGGAGCAGGAAAUGCAGCCAUCUUUCAGCAUGGUGAAACUGGCUGCUUCCUCCUCCUCCCCACAGCUGCCUCCUAGAAAGGCAGAUGCCUCCCAGGGGAAGUCAAGCCAGAUGUCAAACUCCCUAGGAAUGGCCAAGAACGGCACAGCAGGGGGCCCGGCACUGGACGACCAUCCCUACUUCAUGCCAAGGCCAGCAACCAGAACCUACUCCAUGCCAGCCCAGUUUGCAAGCCAUUUUGGACGGGAGGGGCAUUCCUUGCACAGCCCAAAUCGCUCUCAUUGGGACAGCCAGGUCCCUGUGACAAGCAGUGGCCUCCUUGAGGCCAAGGCAUCCAGGGGUGGUGUUCUUGGCCUAGUUAAUGGACAGGGUGUAUAUAGCGUAAAGCCGCUGCUGGAGACAUCAAGGAACCUUCCACCAUCAGAGGAAGGGGAUGUCCUUUCAGGGCAGGAAACGAGCUGCCUAGUCACAGACAAAAUCAAAGUCACCAGAAGACAUUACUACUCUGAGCAGAACUGGCCCCAUGAAUCUACCUCAUUUUUCUCUGUGAAGCAGAGGAUCAAGUCUUUUGAGAACCUGGCCAAUUCUGACCGGCCCGUGGCUAAGUCAGGGAUGUCCCCCUUUUUGUCAGUGAGCUCCAAGCCUCCCGUUGGGAGACGGUCAUCUGGCAGCGUGGUUUCCGGGAGCCUCAGCCACCCCAGUGACUCAACAGCAAGGUUGCUGAGACGCAGCCUGAGCUCCUGCAGCGAAAGCCAAAGUGAAGCCAGCACCCUCAUCCCCCAGAUGACCAAGUCCCCGUCCAGCAUGACCUUGACGGUCUCCCGGCAGAAUGCAGCAGAGGCCAGUAACAAGGGCCCUGACUCGGACCCAAAGAAAUCACUUGGUUCUUCCGGAAUUCCCACCCCAAUGGGGGCCCCAGCCUCUCCCAUCAAGAGGAACAAGUCCUCGGUGCGCCAUACCCAGCCCUCGCCUCUAUCCCGCUCGAAGCUCCAGGAACUGAGAGCCCUGAGCAUGCCCGACCUUGACAAGCUCUGCAGCGAGGAUUUCUCAGCAGGGCCGACUGCCAUGCUUUUCAAAACUGAGCUGGAAAUCGUCCCCAGGAGGUCGCUUGGCUCCCCUGCUGGAGGCCUCAGUGGGUCCACUGCCCUUUCAUGCCCCAUCAAGGGUGGGGACAAGGCCUGUCCAGGAGGAAGCAGGUCUAAAGCCAGUGAGCCACGGGUACCCAGUUCAGCCCCUGUGGAUGAAACCACCCGGGAUCUCCCUUCCGGAAAAAGCUGGUCAGUUAAUUUGGAUCAACUCCUAGUCUCAGCGGGACACCAGCAAAGAUUACAGUCUGUUCUGUCAUCACUGAGGUCAAAGUCUACCAUCCUAACUCUCAUUCAGGAAGCGAAAGCACAAUCAGAGAAUAAAGAAGAUGUUUGCUUCAUAGUCUUGAAUAAAAAAGAAGGCUCAGGUCUGGGAUUCAGUGUGGCAGGAGGAACAGAUGCGGAGCCAAAACCAAUUGUGGUCCACAGGGUGUUUUCUCAGGGGGCUGCUUCUCAGGAAGGGACUAUGAACCGAGGGGAUUUCCUUCUGUCAAUCAAUGGCACCUCACUGGCUGGCUUAGCCCAUGGGGACGUCCUGAAAGUUCUGCACCAGACACAGCUACACAAAGAUGUCCUCGUGGUCAUCAAGAAAGGGACUGACCAGCCCAGGCCCUCCACCAGGCAGGAGCCUCCCACGGCCAAUGGGAAGGGCUUGCUGUCCAGGAAGACCAUCCUCCUGGAACCUGGAAUGGGGAGAAGCACAGCUGCACGCGAUGCUCUGUGCGUCGAAGUGCUGAAGACCUCGGCUGGGCUGGGCUUGAGUCUGGAUGGAGGAAAAUCGUCCAUGUCUGGAGAUGGGCCACUGUUCAUUAAAAGAGUGUACAAAGGUGGUGCAGCUGAACAAGCUGGAACAAUAGAAGCUGGAGAUGAAAUUCUUGCCAUUAACGGGAAACCUCUGGUUGGGCUCAUGCACUUUGAUGCCUGGAAUAUUAUGAAGUCUGUCCCAGAGGGACCUGUGCAGUUAGUAAUUAGAAAGCACAGGAAUUCCUCAUGAAACAGGCGCUAGGAGUGAUACUCACUAGUAGUGCUUAUGUUUUUUAACCAGAGUCUCCUUUUCUCAGUUCCUUUCUUACUUUAGCAAACCAGAAUGACUUUUCUCAACGAUGGGUUCCUGAAACAACAAAGAAACAUUGGUGAAGGCGAGGACUAUGAAAAUCUCCAACUCUUUCAUUAUACCUAAAGCUGACCUACUGUAUGUGCAGCAGCAAUGGAGCAGAACUCUGGAAGCCUCUCUCCUCAUCUCCUAGGCUGGGGGGCUCACUGGCUCCAGUGCCUGUCCCUACCUUGUAUGUUCACUGAUGGGGACACAGAUGUGACAUGCCCUUCUUCAUCUGAAACAUUCUGCCAGACCUUCACAUCCCUCUUGCACCACCUCUCCCAACAUACCCAAUCCUGGCAGUUAGGGAGCCAGUGAAGUCUGAGGGGCAACACAAAUGUCACAACUGAAAGGACUGUAGUUUUAUAGAAUUUUGUAAGUAAAUAACAAUGCUUUUAGGCACAUUCAAUGGAAAGAGCUGUAGGUCUGUAUGUUACCCUGAAAAAAAAAAAUCACUUAUAACCUAAUGGCUAGGCUGAGCUCAGGAAUUAUCCGAAAAUGAAAAAAGCGAGAUACAGAAAGUAAUAUUUUUUAGUGAGUGUAAUGUGCAACAUGUGGAUGCAGAGUUCAACUCAGUGGGUUGUUGAUCACCAUGAAGUGUCGAUCAUAAUCUAAAAGUGUAAGUCGUAAGGCUGUUUUACAGAAAUGCAGUUCUGAUAAAUGUAUGAAAUAGCCAUGAACUUCGCUGCUUAGAGUAAGCAGAAAGUUCCAGCUCUGAAAGCACCUUGCAUCUAGUUUGGAACUUGUCUUGAAUAAGGUGCCUGAAUUCAAGACUGGUCAACACAAAAGCGGGCAAAAAUAUCACAGUCACUGGGUUUCCAUUUCUAUAUUUACCACUAAUUGAAACUAAAUUAUUUUUAGAAAUCAAAUAUCUUUUUAAUGCCCUUGGAUUUAUAAACAUAGGCAUUAUAUUUACAAUCCAAACAGAGAAGCUUAAAACAUCCUUUUUAGGAGACUUUGUUUGGGUGGUUUUCCCCCCGUUUCCCAAGAUGCUUAAGAAAUGUAACAUUUCUAAGCACUGGAUCUCCUUUCCUGACCCGGCCGUAAUGACAUACCUCUGCAGUGACUGAAGUUUUUGCUGUUUUUGUUUUUUCUUCCUUUUGCCAACAACGGUUCCCUGCAGAAGAGAAGACUGCUGUGACUCACGCUGCUUGUGAAACCCGUCCCGGCUGCUGCUCCUUUCGAAGCACGAGCUUCUUCACAGUAGCUGUCCCCAUUCAAUGUACCGGUCCUCUUCUCCCCUCGUACUGUAUCUUCUCAGACCCCAAACCCUCAUCAGCUUCAUUUACCAAAAUGUAAUGAGAAAAAGAAAACGCAGAACGAGGGUGAGCCCUCUCUCAAGGUCAAGGAGCCGAACUCUAUAUUACAACCCAAAUCCUUGGGUGGCACAGGCCAGCUGAUUGAGUCGUGGGAAUACGGGUGAGCUUGCAUACCUGUGUGCAUGAUGACGCUAAGGUUUUCUGUUGGAGAUUUCUUUAAAUAACCUACAGUUCAGGUCUAUGGCUUAGAGAAAAAAACUCAGAGGUCAUUAACACUCCCUCCCCCCAACAUGGAGGUACUUGAGCCGUCACCUUUGUACAUCACUUUUCUGAGUGACUAAUCCCAGUAAACCUCCAUGGAGUUGGCCCAGAGAGGUCUCUCAGGUGGGACUGAAAUAUCUGGCUGGUGUGACCCAGAUUUCUCAUUUUUUAACAGGUUAUUCAAAAGAGAAUGUAGUACAGGUGUUAGCUAGAAAGACCUGAUUAAUUUAGCUUCUACUUUUCACUACAAUUCCAGGUAGGAUACUAUGAUAGGAAGUCAGUGCAAGAUGCAUGCUAGAUUGUUUUCAAGUCUCUGGGGUCAGUUUUGUGGUUUGUGCUUUCUUGCCAAAAUGACGAGAGACUAUUUGAAGUCAACACUGAAAACUAUUUUUUGCCUCCACUCUUCCUACUGUGCCUACUAGUAGGGAAGGCACAGUCCUAUGUGAACAGACAGGAAAUUCUAGAGCAAUGUGGAGCGACGGAAUGGUCUCCUGUGCGUCCCUAAUCCUCCUAUCUAUCUGAGGACUGCCAGGGUGCCCUGGCUCACUAACCUAUGUUAAAGUCAUCAGCCGUUUCUAGUAGAUCUUGCUGGAAGGGUUCCCCGGCUGACACUUGGAAUACAAGGGAGGAAGCAAAAGCUAAACCAUCUCUGACCCUAAGAGAGAAAGCUAUUUAUUUGUCUUCAGUGUUCAAGGCAUGACUAGUAUUUCUAAUUAGUCUAAUAAAUUCCCACACUUCCUGAAGUGAACACUAAUGGUAUUGUCCUACUAAACUUUCAUUGUUUUGGUUUUUUAACUGGUCAGUCAUUCACGAUAAGCUAUGGGGGUAAAUGUGUUAUAACAUGUGAAUCGUAAUUGCAAAGAUAUACCGUGAAGGUUUAAGUAGGUUGGGUUUCAUUUCUAUCCUCCCAUACACAUCUCAUUUAAUUUUACGGUUGACUUAAUUGGCACCACACCUGUUGUAUGAUAUUAUACAUUAUCCUUUAUUUAUGUAAAAUAAAAUGCCUUAUAUAUUAAAGAGUAAGUGCAAUAAUAUGAAAUAGCCUGUACAUUUUAAAAAUGUUGUCGCCAAGUUAUGUAAAUCCACAUGUCUGUAAACAACUUUUUUUAAGUAAUUUUAAAAAAAUAAAACACUGCUUACCAGUUGUUUUCUUUA